AUGAAAACUCUAUCUUACAGAGCAACUGAAGAUUUCACUCGAACAGGCUCCCUUUCACCGAAAAGUGGUCGAGUCAGGAAAAGUAGUCAAGAAAGGAAAGAGAGGAAAUCGAUCGAGGAAAAGUUGCGUCGAUUGGUGGGCCAUUCAGAAAAUGAUCAAAACGAUCAACUCGAAUUGAUCCUUUCAGCCAUUGAAAGGAUACGAAAUUUGCAACAACAAUUGCAGGAUGAUAAAGAGAACGGAGUGCCCGCUCAGCUCACAGAAAUGUUCGAAAAUGUGAGCACAAAUGAAAAGAAA